AUGGCGCUCUUCGCGCGCCAGAUCUUGACCUUGAUCCUCAAGAAUCUACUGGUCGUCUUUGUCCGUCACCCGCUUUCCACCACCAUCCGAGCGUUUGUUUUACCUGUUGUAUUCGUUGGCUUUCUGUCUUACGCGCGGUUUCUGUUCAUUCCGCCGUCAGUGUACGGUCUAGGGAAGGCCACUCCCGUCCGAAGUCUUCCCGAUGCCCUUGGCCUUGUAUCCGGAGGCAGGGACAAGCUGGUCUUUGUCAAUAACGGAUUCUCUGGGGGCGCGAUAGAAUCGGUCAUUAACCGAGUUGCUAAUGAGACGGGCUCUUUCGGUGGGCACAUCGAAAUCUUGAACGAGGAGCAGGACCUGUUGGAUGUGUGUAGAAAUUCCAUCAGAGGAACGUCUACAUGCAUUGCUGCCGCCGUUUUCUAUGCAUCCCCGACCGAAGGAGAAGGCGGGCGUUGGAAUUAUUCUAUUCGAGCCGACGGCGGCCUGCAGAGCAAGAUUGUGGUUGAUUCUACCAAGAACGAUGUCGAAAUCUACAUUCUCCCAUUUCAACAUGCCAUUGAUCGCGCCAUCUCGGAUAUCGAAGCUGCCAAUAGCUCUGCCAAUACUAUCCCAGCGCGCGUGGAAGAAUACUCCUACACCUCCGAGACAAAAGAGGAACGACUGACUCGCAUUCGAACGAGAUACAUGGGUGGUAUCAUUGACAUUCUGGCUGUUGCGUUCUUCAUCGGAGUAUCUGAGGUCACCUACCAGCUCACAGGCCUGGUCGCUGCUGAGAGGGAACAGGGUAUGGCACAGCUACUUGACUGCAUGAUGCCCAAUCCAAAGAGAUGGCAGCCUCAAAUGGCAAGGGUGGUGGCCAACCACCUUGCUUUUGAUAUCCUUUACGGGCCCAGCUGGAUUGUGAUGGGCAUCAUCCUCUCCGUGGGAGUAUUCAGCAAGACUUCCGCCGCGAUAGUAAUCAUCUUCAAUAUCCUGUCCGGUCUGGCAAUGUCCUCAUUCUCGAUUCUUGGGGCAGCUUUCUUCAAAAAGGCCCAACUCUCCGGCAUCACCUCAGUUGUUGUGAGUUUGCUCCUUGCCAUCAUCGCCCAAGUCGCGAGCAAGGCUGGGACGGCGUCUGUGGCCAUACUAUCUAUUCUAUUCCCACCCAUGAACUACGUCUAUUUUACCAUCUUCAUGGCUCGCUGGGAGAGGCAGAAUCGUGGUACAAACCUUGUGGAAAAGGCCCCAGAAAACACAUCGUCCUUGCCAGGCAUCGCCUUGUGGAUCUUCUCCAUCGUCCAAAUAGUUGUCUUUCCAAUUCUUGGUGCAUAUAUAGAGCGAAAGCUGUAUGGCACCGGCUCGAAGAACCGCAACAUUACUACCUCGGACUCAAUGACUGCAAUCUCUCUGGUCAGAUUUACCAAGGAGUUCCGACCUUCAUUUCUUGCAAAAUGUCGUGGUUUCUUCACCAGAAAACAACCGAGUGCUGUUCUUGCUGUGAAUGAUCUCAGCCUGGAUACUAUCAGGGGCGAAAUUCUGGUCCUGCUCGGAGCAAACGGCAGUGGCAAGUCAGCCACAUUAGAUGCAAUUGCUGGACUCAAUUCGAUAACGUCGGGCGAAAUCACCAUCAACUAUCCAGACACCAACACUGGUUUGGGCGUCUGUCCCCAAAAGAACGUUCUCUGGGACGACCUUACAGUGGAGGAACAUGUCCGGAUAUUUGAUAGAGUCAAGAGCAAACAGCCAGCUAAUUCGGACGAAAAUACGCAGUUGCUCACAUCAUGUGAUAUCAUUUCCAAGGCGAAAGCGCAAUCCAAGACGCUGUCAGGAGGUCAGAAGCGGAAGUUGCAGCUAGCCAUGAUGUUCACCGGAGGCUCGCGAGUUUGCUGUGUAGACGAGGUUUCCACUGGUCUCGACCCGCUAUCACGACGGAAGAUCUGGGACAUCCUCCUCGCCGAGCGUGGGGCAAGGUCAAUGAUUUUUACAACACACUUCCUCGACGAGGCUGAGCUCCUUGCAGACCACAUCGCUAUCCUCUCCCGGGGCGUGUUGAAGGCUUCCGGCACAGCAGUUGAGUUGAAGCACAAGCUGGGUUCCGGCUACAGGGUACAUAUCUAUCACAUUCCUGGAGCCAAUAUAUCGGCGGUUUACAACGACGUUGAUCAUAUCCGGCAUAACCACCGUACCACUUACCUACUGGACAGUUCUGCCAAGACGGCGGAGUUCCUAGCACGCAUCGAGCAUGAUGGCAUCCGGGAAUACCAAGUCAACGGGCCGACGGUUGAGGACGUCUUUCUAAAACUGGCCGAGGAAAUGAAAGCACCGCCAGAGACUGUCACUAGUAUCGACCAAACAAGGUCAUUACAGAGCAGCGGCAGUAUCAAGAGCAAUGAUGGUGUCCCCGAGAAGACUGUCAAGACGGUUCAUGGCGAUACGUCCCGAAAUACCCCCCAACUUCUCGAGGGACACCCUAUCGGUUUCUCACGCCAAGUGGCGGUACUAUUCUCCAAGAGAUGGGUCAUUCUGCAUCGAAAUACCCUUCCCUACCUGGCAGCAUUGCUGAUCCCCAUCAUUGCAGCUGGCCUCGUCACGCUUUUCCUCCAUGGCUUCCGAAAGGCUGGUUGUGAUGCCCUUUCCACUGUGGACGUGUCUGAUAUUGUUUCUUUGUCAAGCGAGGUCGACUAUAAACUUGUUGCAGGGCCGCGGGAUCGCCUCGGACAGGAUGCAAUCCGCCUAUUUGCCGCCUCGCUUUCUGGGAGUACCAGCAAUGGUGGAGUGGAAGCCAACACCUCACAACUGCUUGAAUCGCUACACCUUGUGGAUACACUCGACCAGUUCAACGAAUAUAUCAAUUCUAAUUAUUUCCUUGUGACUCCUGGCGGCUUCUUCCUGGGCGAUGACCGGUUCCCGCCCACCUUUGCCUGGCGAGGAAACGGCAACAUAGCGUUUUCAGUGAUCAUACAAAACGCAUUGGACACGAUCCUGAGCAACGUGUCCAUCUCCAACCAGUACCAGGCCUUUGACAUCCCUUGGGCUCCGGAUGCUGGCAAGGCGUUACAACUGAUCACCUACUUUGGUCUCGCAAUGGCGGUGUAUCCGUCAUUUUUUGCCCUGUAUCCAACCGUCGAACGCCUCCGUAAUGUCCGAGGCCUCCAUUACAGCAACGGUGUCCGCUCGGCACCACUGUGGCUCGCCUAUACGGCGUUCGAUUUCAUCAUCGUCUUGGUUACUAGUGCGGUCGCUGUCAUCAUUUUCCGCGCCGUCUCAGAUGUAUGGUACCACAUCGAAUACCUCUUCGUGGUGUUCUUUCUGUACGGCUUGGCUUCGACCCUGUUGUCUUAUGUCAUUUCCCUAUUCUCGAGGUCCCAGCUUGCAGCCUUCGCAAUUGCAGCUGGCGGCCAGGCAGUCAUGUUCUUGCUGUACUUCAUCGCAUACAUGAGCGUUUUGACGUACUCGCCAGUCGACAAGAUCGACAGCUAUGUCAACAUUUGUCAUUUUGCAAUCGCCACCAUCUCCCCGGUCGCAAAUUUGACCCGCGCUCUAUUUGUCACACUGAAUAUUUUCUCGAUCACGUGCAGAGAUCGAGAAUUUGCAUCUUAUGCAGGAUCACUUACGCUCUUUGGGGGUCCAAUCCUUUACCUAAUCGUGCAGUCCUUCUUUUUGUUUGGGUUGCUUCUUUGGUGGGACUCGGGUUCGUCUCUGCGCUGGCUCAAACGCAAGCAGCAGGAGGCACAGGUGGAAGACCAUGCCACUGUUGAACCUGAGCUCUCGAACGAGCUCACAAGGGUAACAUCAUCCCGGGAUGGACUUCGAGUUCUUCAUGUGACGAAGCAAUUCGGCAAGAAUGUAGCAGUGGACAAUGUUACCUUUGGCGUACCUCACGGUGAGGUUUUCGCACUUCUAGGCCCCAACGGUGCCGGAAAGUCCGUCACGAUUUCGAUGAUCCGCGGCGACAUCAAACCCAGCCGUCGAGAUGGCGAUAUUCUGGUGGAGAAUAUUUCUGUGAUACAGCAUCGGGCACAGGCCAGGGCUCGCCUCGGGGUUUGUCCCCAAUUCGACGCCAUCGACACCAUGACUGUGGCGGAGCAUCUUCUCUUUUAUGCAAAGAUCCGUGGAGUCAGCGAUCCCCGCCACAAUGUGGACGCGGUCAUGCGCGCAGUUGGUCUGGAAGAGUAUGCCGGCCGGAUGGCCUCGAGAUUGUCGGGGGGCAACAAGCGGAAGCUGUCCCUGGGUAUUGCAUUGAUGGGCAAUCCCAGCGUGCUUCUUCUGGAUGAGCCGUCUUCAGCCAUGGACGUCGCGAGCAAGCGAGUCAUGUGGCGCACCUUGGAAUCCGUUGUUCCAGGUCGGUCGCUUGUGCUCACGACUCAUUCCAUGGAGGAAGCGGAUGCACUGGCAACGCGAGCCGGUAUCAUGGCAGGAAGGAUGUUGGCCUUGGGUACCACCGAAUACCUGCGGCGGAAGCAUGGCGAUGCGUAUUAUGUCCACCUCGUGCAUCGGCAAGCACCACAUGCGACAGAGGAAGACAUGGCACGUAUCCGCGAAUGGAUUCUCACCAACUUUCCCGCCACACGGAUCGAGGGCAAAGCGUACGCAGGUCAGAUGCGCUUCUCGGUCCCAUCAACGGGACAGAGCGCGAGUAAAGAAACGGGCAGCCAGGGGUCGAGCAUAUCCACCCUGUUCCAAGCUCUGGAAAGGGACAAGAGCGAACUCGGUAUUCAGUACUACAGCGUCAGUCGGGCGACUUUGGACCAAGUUUUCCUCAACAUCGUCGGCAAGCACCACGUCGAAGAGGAAGGAGCUGCAGCGCCGUCACCACCACGGUCCAGAUCCAGCAACAAAGGCAUAUUCAGUCGCAUUGGCUUGCACAAGCGGGCGGCAUGA